CAAAACAAAUUAAAACGAGUGCCGGCGAUAUUGAGAAUAUAAAAAUUCCUUCCGCUUUUAUUCAGAGGUUGCUGUCAUUUAACCUUGGAUUAUGUACAUGCAUUCUGUUUAGUUUUUCUUCACAAUUGCCUCUGUUAUCAAGCCAAAUUAGCAAGAUUGGCAGCGAAAUUAGAGAACUAUCUGGGAUGAAAAGAAUCUUCUACUCUGAUUGGUGGAAAGAAACGUGUACUGGAUUCACAAACAUAUACAUGGAUUCGGCAGCAAUGACAGAGGUUUAAUUUUAUAAGGCUAAUCAAUUGAUAUUAUUUCCAAAUUUCUAGUACCAUAUUUCGAAACAUUUUAGGGGUUUUUUGUUUGUUUUAGGUUGGUUUUUAUUUUUUUAUUUUUUGUACGAUCUAACAAAUACACAUCUUACAUUAACUCAUCGAUAUGAUUCAAACAAUUUUAAAGAAAUAAGAAGGUUAAUGAAAUAAUAAUUCAUAUUGCAAAUUUUAAGAGCGGCAUUUGCUUUCGUAAACAACGUUCCGAUUAUUGUGACAUCGUAAAAUUUUGAAAUAAUAUUUUAAAACUAUAUCUAAUAAAGAGAAUGGUGAAUUCAAAUGAACACUGUGAAAUUUGAAAUAUCCUGAUAAUUCUUUAUGGGAUAAAUAUGGAUCUUUGUCAUUCCUUGAUACGAUUAAUUGUUUUAAAAGCUAUACUUGGAUUUAUUGUCAUAUCAACCGUCGAAGGAGAUUAUGAAUGCAAUACAAACGAAUGCUUUUGCGAAAAUUUACCCUAUAUACCAAAGUUCCCAGCCAACACAACGUUUGUAAAAAUCAUAAAUCCGACGUUUUCUCAAUUUGAUUCUAAAAUCUUGUGGAAUUUAACUACUAUACAUUUAACAAAAUUGUCAUUUAUAGGAUGUGUAUUUCACAAUGCAUCUAAAUACGUUUUUGCAAGAUUGCACCUCCUAGAAAUUCUUAAUUUCAAGCUGUGUAAACUGACCCAACAUGCCUUGCAACAAAUCUUUCGCAGUAUUUCAAGUAUGAAUAUAACUUCGUUAGAAUUUGAUGGAGUUAACAAAAACAAGUGGUCAUUCCAAUUUUUACAAGGUAUUACAAAUUACAAUAUUGCUAGGUUUUGUGUAAUGAGAUCCAAAAUAAACGUAUUUAAUGGUAGCGAGCUUCUACCCUUAAAGAAUUUAAAAAUACUUGAUUUAAGAUUUGAUAGCAUUUCUAAAGUUGUAUCUUGGGGAAAACACCCAUAUCUAACAGAUCUGAAUUUAUAUGGAAACUUCAUAUACUAUAUGGUUCACUUUGUAGACACUAGCGGAAGAAUCUCAUUUCCCAUGUUGGUACGUUUAGAAAUAUCUUUAUAUCGUUGGAAUAUUCUGGUCAGAGGAACAUUCAAAGGACUGGAUAAGGUAAAAACAUUAGGCAUCUAUGCUCUGAAUUUGCACUUAAUAAAGCCAAAAGUAUUGACUCCUUUAAAAGAAUUAAUAAACUUUUCCCUCACUGCUCAGAAGUCACUCUCAUUACAAUUGGGCAAACAUGCUUUUGAGAGUACAACUUUACGUUCGCUGACAUUGAGAAAUAUUACAUUAGAGAUCCCAAAAUCAAAUUUGAGCGGUAUAUUUAAUGCAUGCCGUCAUAUCACUUUACUGAAAUUUCAAGCUGUAUCCAUCAAUGGAAAUGCAUCCAUAAAUGAACUUUUAAUGGAUUUAAAAAACCUUGAAUACUUAGAGCUAACCGGAAAUACGAUGAGAAAUGUUCCAGAUUGUGUAUGCGAUAUGAAAAGGCUUCAUACGCUUAUUCUUUCGAGAACAUGGAUAAGAAAAUGGCAAACGACAAACUGCACUGUGAUGAACAUUUUAAGGGUAUUUUCAUUAUCGUAUAAUAGAAUAUUUAACGUUAAUAAGACUUCUUUCUCUAAAGCUCUCUUCUCUAAUACGAACCUUAAAUGGGAUCUUUCCCAUAAUUCUUAUAUAUGUAACUGUCGAAUACUAUGGUUUAGAGACUGGAUGAGACAAAAUUCAGCGCGAUUGAUACAUUAUCCUAAAUCAUAUUUAUGUUCCAACCCUGCUCCAGUGAGAUUCCUCCAGAUUGCUAAAUACUAUGUUUCGUGGGAUUAUUGUGCAAAUAUAUCAAAGCAAUCGCCCAUAGCUGUGUCAGGUUGUGUGCUUGGAACACUCUCUGUUAUUUUUAUCAUCACUGGACUAGUGUCGUAUAUAAAAAGAUGGUCGAUACGAUACUGGGUUUAUCUUUUUUUUGCUAGGAGAAGGAAAUACCAACUUCUUGAAUGUACGAGUGAACAUAAUUAUGAUGCCUUUGUCUGUUAUUGCGGUUCUGAUGUUGGAUGGGUUACCAAAUACUUACUCCCCAUACUCGAAGAAGAAAAUGACCUACACCUCUGUUUGCAUGACAGAGAUUUUGCAGUUGGUAAUGAUAUUGUUGAUAAUAUUGUAGAUAGUAUUCAGCAGAGUCGUAAAGUGGUACUGGUAUUAUCUUCUGAUUUUGCACAAAGUCAAUGGUGCCAAUUUGAGACUAGUCUUGCACAGCAACGGUUAUUUGAAGAGAAAAAGGAUAUCAUCGUACCAAUACUUCUUGAAGAAAUACCCACUGAAUUACAGACUAUGAGACUGGCUCUACUACUUAAGCAGAAAACGUACUUAGAAUGGUCCAAUGAAACACGUGGUCAAAUGCUGUUUUGGGAACGCCUCGUUGAAAUUCUCCUGGAAACAUCUGCAUACAAGGAAAUUUAAAUACAAAGUAACACUGCAUUUUGCAACAUUUUUCUUCUGUUCGCUUCUUUUGCCUUUGGCUCUACCAAUUUGUUAUUACGUUUGUUCUUGUGAAACAUAUUAUUUUCUUCUGAUACUGUCAGUGAAAAACCUCUGAUUUUGUUUUGUGCCAAUUUUUUUUUUCAAUUAUUUCUUAGCAUUUUUACUCGCGUAUCUUCAUUUUAUAUCAUUCAGUGAGUUUUCAGCUGUAUUUUUUAUAUCUAUUUUAUCAAAUCGAAAAAUAUUUCCAAGAUAUUUUUAUCAUCUGGACUUCAUCUAAACAUGAUUAGGCUGUACCUAUAACAAAGUUUAUAUUAUUGUACAAAUCAUUUUAAACGGCGAGCUGGCAAAAUUGUUAGAGCUUCAGAAAAAAUACUCUACGAUCGAUAUUUCUUUCGGCUCUUUACGUUCUGGGUUCAAAUGCCACCAAGAUCAAAUUAGUCAUUCAACCCUCCGGCAUCAAUAUUUUACCAGUCAGGUACUGAGUUUGAUGCUAUCAACUUUUUCCUCUCCUGAAAUUUAUUGGCCAUGUACAUAAAUUAGAAAGAAUAUGGAAAGCUGGAUUUGUUGUCUUUUAGUCUUGAAAGGAUUUUCAAAUAUUGUUUUGGUUUUUAUACAAUAUUGCCUACAAUGUUGCUGAUAUGUUAAAUUAAAACAGAUACAGAAUGAAGAGAAACAAAAUUAAAUUGCAACUGCGUAGAUAUUAAUUUGGAAUUAACAAAAGGAAAAUCAUGGACGUUUUGUGGUUUAAAGUAUGUGGUUAUUUAAUUUAUUGGACACAUUAACCAUUUAAAGUUAAUUCUCAAUUGAUUGAGUGUGAAACAAAUUUAAAAGACUGUCGGAGAAUGCAAUGCUGAAAUUUCUGGAGUUUCAUGGACUCCUUUUACAAGGCAUCUAGCUUCUCAGUGAAGCAAACUCUGAAAAUACCAACAUUACUAUAGCCCUGUUGUCACUACGCUGAAGAUUUCCAGUUGGGAAAGGCAUUAAAUCGGAAGUUGCUACCUUACCAAGAUCUCUUUAUGUGUUUCAAAAUGGUCAUCAGAUGUAUUGAUCGGAAAUGUGGCAACAAUAUCAACUGGGAGCUACAAACAGACACCUGAUUUACAGACGACAUCAGCUUAUCGUAAAACAUUCGAUUAUCUCUGAUCAUGCUGACAGAAAUGGACAUUCAGAUUUCAUCUCUACGCCUCAAAAUAGAUUGCAUUGAAACACAGUACAAACGUGCAAAAUCGUAGCAAAUCUCAGAAUAGUAGUGGAAAGCAAUAGAAAACAGUAACAUAUGCUGAGGAAGGAACAUUGGAACAUUGACAUUCUGAGUAGAUUAAGAACAAGUGAUGAACGUUUUCGCCCCAAUUAAAGAUUUGCUGUCAUAUUCCAACUGUACUUUAGUGUAUGUCGUUGCUAUUCAGUGGACAAAAUCAGGUACAUAUAACUAUCUCAAGGCACUCUCAGGAUGUGGUGGGCCUCUAAGACCGAUGAGAUAAUGUCGCUACUCUCUGAAACAAUGCAUCAAUAAGAUCAUAAAAGAAAACUCGUCCGCAAGCAUUCUACCGUUUGCAGCCCGGCAAAGGCAGUUCCUGAAAUGUGUAACUGAAGUAUUCUUAUUUCAUAGUUGCUAUCUAUUUUUCUUCAAAAGUAUCCGCUAAUAAUUAUGUUUCCUUUUACAUAAAUUAUUGUUUAUAUUAUAUAGAGUUUAUUUUUUUUUUAUUGUAGUCUUGUUGUAAGUGUAUCGUCAUUGAUAUAUCUUCAUUAUUCUAAAGAUUGGUGCACGACUAAAUUAUAGUCGUCUAAGUGAAU